AACUCGAGUGCUCCUUCCCUCAACUCUUCACUUCAGACUCUAUACUUCCCCCAAAAUACAGGCUUGCAGGCGCUGGGGGAGCUGGCUGGCUGGCUGGGAGAACUCCAUAUACAGCAGCCACUUUUCUGAUUUCGGGGGCUCGCUUUUCUCUCUCUCUCUCUCUCUCCCACUCUCCCCUUCUGUUUCUCUCCCUUUCUCUCUCUCUCUCUCUAUUUAUUAACCCUCUUCUCUUCCGUCUCUCCCAGAUGCCCUUCCUCUCCCGGUUAGAUUUCUGACCGCUCGAUUUAUUUUCCCUUUUUUUUGGGGGGGGGAGGGUGUUCUUUUUUUUUUUUUUUUUUUUCCCUCCUGUUUGUUUUUAUUCUGAGCGGGUGUGCAUGGGGGGGAGCAUAUAACAAUUCCGAUUCUCUACAUAACUGCACAGAGCCAACCGGGGAGAGGGAGAGAGAGAGAGAGAGGGAGAGAGAGAGAAAGAGAAAGAGAGAGAGAGGGCGGGAGAGAGGGAGAGAGAGAGCACGAAAGCAGCGCCAGGAGCAGCGGCAGCAGCAGGGCCGGUCACCCUCGCCCCCUCCCUGCUCCUGUGCACGCCAGUGCAAGCCAUGUCCUAUCCUCAGGGUUACCUCUACCAGCCCCCCGGCUCGCUGGCUCUGUACUCCUGCCCGGCGUACGGGGCGUCGGCACUGGCGGCCCCCAGGAGCGAGGAGCUGGCUAGGUCUUCGUCGGGAUCGGCAUUCAGCCCUUACCCGGGAUCGGCAGCUUUCACCGCCCAGGCGGCGGCCACAGGCUUCACCAGCCCGCUCCAGUACUCCACAGACCCCGCCACGGGAUUCCCCUCCUACAUGGGCUCCCCUUACGACGCCCAUACGACUGGGAUGACCGGAGCCAUCAGCUACCAUCCGUACGGCAGCCCUGCCUACCCUUACCAGCUCAACGACCCCGCGUACAGGAAAAACGCCACCCGCGACGCCACAGCCACGCUGAAGGCCUGGCUGCAGGAGCACCGCAAGAACCCCUACCCCACCAAGGGCGAGAAGAUUAUGCUGGCCAUCAUCACCAAGAUGACCCUCACACAGGUCUCCACCUGGUUCGCCAACGCCCGCCGGCGGCUCAAGAAGGAGAACAAGAUGACCUGGGCCCCGCGGAACAAGAGCGAGGACGAGGACGACGACGAAGGCGACGGGGCGAGGAGUAAAGAGGAGAGUCCCGAGAAGAUGCCCGAGAGCAACGAAACCUCCGCGGAGGACGAAGGGAUCAGCUUGCAAGUCGACUCGCUGACGGACCACUCCUGCUCUGCCGAGUCGGAUGGCGAGAAGCUGCCCUGCCGAGCCGGCGACCCCCUCUGCGAGUCGGGUUCGGAGUGCAAGGACAAGUACGAGGACGUCGAGGAGGAGGAGGACGACGACGACGAGGAGGACGACGACGACGAGGAGGACAUCGAGGAGGACGACGGCGGCGGCGGGGAGCGCGACCCGCCGGCCAAGCCCGCCACCUCCUCGCCGCUGGCCGCCGUGGAGGCUCCUCUGCUCGGCCACCCGCACGCCGACGCCGCCCGCAGCGCCAGCAAGGCGGCGCUGGGCGGCCGCGCCUCCCCCGGGCCCCCGACGACGGCCAGCAAGCCCAAGCUCUGGUCGCUGGCCGAAAUCGCCACCUCGGACCUCAAGAGCCAGAACCUGGGCCAAGGCUGCCAGUCUGCGGCGUUGUCCUCGGCCACCCCCGCCUCCGCCCCGCACAGCGCUGCCUACUCGCCCUCCUCCCUCCUGGGGAGGCAUAUUUAUUACACCUCACCUUUUUAUAGCAAUUAUACAAACUAUGGGAACUUUAACGCUCUCCAGAGCCAGGGAAUCCUGAGAUACAACUCGGCAGCAGUGGCUUCAAACGAGGGACUAAGUCAGACUGUCCUAAAUGCCAGCUCUGUUCACAAGCAGAGCAGUGACUCUUUGAAAACGAUCACUAACCAGCUAGAACAGCAUUACAGGCCAUCUAGUUAUGACUCAAAGAAAGAUCCCACUGAAGUCUGCACAGUAGGAGUACAACCAUACCUAUAGAAGUGCAAUCACACAGCAAUGCAAUUUAAUGGUGUUAGUGUGUAAUUGAAGGAUGACCUGGUUCUUUCCUUGGUCCACAGGUAGGUGUCACAAUUGCUUUGAAAAAAGUCAGCAAGCCAUCAUCUCUCCCCGAGCUAAUACAUAUAACAAAUCUCUAAAUCCGGAUCACAUCUUGUGCCACUGUAUAAAAGAAGACCACAGAGCACUAUUAAAUCUUCAGACUCUAAUUAUUAAACCAGAAUUUUGUUGGACAUAAUGUGAGUUUUCUGGUAUAGUAUAGUUUCCCCAAUGUAUGUGUGAUUUUUGAAAACAGAUCUGUUUUUCUCAGGAUAUCUUGAAUUGAUCACUUCAUUGCCACGGUAUAUAUUCGAUAGGUGUGAUAGGAUUUAUUGUAAAAUUUAUUUGUAAAAGAUGUAUACUGUAGAGAUAAUAAAGACGUGAUUGGAGAACUUGAGUCCUUACAAAGUGGAAACAAAUUUGAUAUUUAUUUUUGUAACGAUAUAAAGCUUCUAGUAAUUUAUGCAAGUUGUAUUGCAAUGGAAUCUGAACUUUUUGUAAAUAAAUUUUGCCUGGUUUUUAUUUGAAACGUUGAUGGUUAUACAAUCUUUGGUUGUUUAAUGAGAAUUCUUUACUAAUUUAUAUCUCUAAUUGUAAAUAAAAACAGACUAGUCUGCAA